GGGCCCCGCCCCCGCCCCGCCCUCCCUGCAGAGCCACCGCGGGGGAACCCACUUUCCGAGGAACUUUUCGCGGGCGCCGGGCCGCCACCGGGGCCAGGACGGGACGUGAACGCGCGCAGCGGCGGCAGCGGGCCGGGGCCAGCGGACGCGGCGCUCCCUGCGAAAGUCCGUACGCGGCGGCGGGCCCGGCGGGCCGCCCGGAGGAGGCGACUGCGCCAUGGACGAGCCGCCCUUCAGCGAAGCGGCCUUGGAGCAGGCGCUGGCAGAGCCGUGCGAGCUGGACGCGGCCCUGCUGACCGACAUCGAAGGUGAAGUCGGCGCGGUGCGGAGACCGGCAGGCCAGCGGCCGGGACGCCCCGAAGGGGCGGCGGGCGCGGGCCGCGGAGCCAUGGAUUGCACGUUCGAAGACAUGCUGCAGCUCAUCAACAACCAAGACAGCGACUUCCCUGGCCUGUUCGACCCACCCUAUGCCGGCGGCGGGGCAGGGAGCACAGGCCCUGCCAGUCCUGAUGCCAGCACCCCGGGCAGCUUGUCCCCAUCUCCUGCCACAAUGAGCUCCCCACUCGAAGGCUUCCUGGGGGGACCCAAGGCGACACCUCCACCCUUGUCCCCUCCCCAGCCUGCACCCACCUCCCUGAAGAUGUACCCCUCUGGGCCUGCCUUCUCCCCGGGGCCUGGUAUCAAGGAGGAGCCAGUGCCGCUGACUAUCUUGCAGCCCCCGACCCCGCAGCCCCUGCCGGGGUCCCUCCUGCCCCAGAGCUUCCCGGCCCCAGCUCCACCACAGUUCAGCUCUUCCCCUGUCUUGGGCUAUCCCAGCCCCAUGGGGGGAGGCUUCUCUGCAGGGACCCCUCCAGGGAGCACCCCGCAGCCGCUGCCUGGCCUGCCACUGGCUUCCCUGCCAGGGGUCCCGCCCGUCUCCUUGCACACCCAGGUCCAGAACGCGGCCCCCCAGCAGCUGUUGACGGCCACGGCCAACCCCACGGCAGCCCCUGGAACAACCACGGUGACCUCGCAGAUCCAGCAGGUCCCGGUCCUGCUGCAGCCACACUUCAUCAAGGCAGACUCGCUGCUCCUGACGACCAUGAAAACAGACAUGGCAGCCACUGUGAAGGCGGCGGGUAUCAGCUCCCUGGCCCCUGGCACAGCUGUGCAGACGGCGCCCUUGCAGACCCUGGUGAGUGGAGGAACCAUCCUGGCGACAGUGCCACUGGUAGUGGAUGCCGAAAAGCUGCCCAUCAACCGGCUGGCGGCUGGUGGCAAGGCGCCGGGCUCUGCCCAGAGCCGUGGAGAGAAGCGCACGGCCCACAACGCCAUUGAGAAGCGCUACCGUUCCUCCAUCAACGACAAAAUCGUCGAGCUCAAGGACCUGGUAGUGGGCACUGAGGCGAAGCUGAAUAAGUCUGCCGUCUUGCGCAAGGCCAUCGACUACAUCCGCUUCCUACAACAGAGCAACCAGAAGCUCAAGCAAGAGAACCUGAGUCUCCGCUCUGCUGCCCACAAAAGCAAGUCUCUGAAGGAUCUGGUCUCAGCCUGUGGCAGCGGAGGAAACACAGACGUGCCCAUGGAGGGCAUGAAGCCGGAGGUGGUAGACACACUGAGCCCGCCUCCCUCGGACGCUGGCUCGCCCUCUCAGAGCAGCCCCUUGUCCCUCGGAGGCAGGAGUAGUGGCAGUGGCGGCAGUGGAAGCGACUCGGAGCCCGACAGCCCAGUCUUUGAGGACAGCCAGGUGAAGCCCGAGCAGCUGCUGUCCCCCCACAGCCGGGGCAUGCUGGACCGCUCCCGGCUGGCCCUGUGUGCACUCAUCUUCCUCUGCCUCUCCUGCAACCCCUUGGCCUCCCUGCUGGGAAACCGGGGUCUCCAUAGCUCCUCAGAUGUCAGCAGCACCUACCAUGGUCCUGGCCGCAACAUGCUGGGUGCUGAAAGCGGAGACGGCCCUGGCUGGGCCCCAUGGCUGCUGCCCCCACUGGUCUGGCUGACCAAUGGGCUGCUGGUGCUGGUCUUCCUGGCGCUUCUCUUUGUCUAUGGAGAACCAGUCACGCGGCCCCACUCGGACCCUGCUGUGCACUUCUGGAGGCAUCGCAAGCAGGCUGACCUGGACCUGGCCCGGGGGGACUUUGCCCAAGCUGCCCAGCAGUUGUGGCUGGCCCUGCGGGCCCUGGGCCGCCCGCUACCCACCUCCCACCUGGACCUGGCCUGCAGCCUGCUCUGGAGCCUUAUCCGCCACCUGCUGCAGCGCCUCUGGGUGGGCCGCUGGCUGGCCGGCCGCGCUGGGGGCCUGCACAGGGACUGUGCCCUGCAGGCGGACGCCCGCGCCAGCGCCCGGGAUGCCGCACUUGUCUACCACAAGCUGCACCAGCUGCACACCAUGGGGAAGUACACGGGCGGGCACCUCGCUGCUGCCAACCUGGCCCUAAGCGCCCUGAACCUGGCAGAAUGUGCAGGGGAUGCCGUGUCCGUGGCCACGCUGGCCGAGAUCUACGUGGCUGCCGCGCUGAGGGUCAAGACCAGUCUCCCACGGGCCUUGCAUUUUCUGACACGCUUCUUCCUGAGUAGUGCCCGCCAGGCCUGCCUGGCACAGAGCGGCUCGGUGCCUCUUGCCAUGCAGUGGCUGUGCCACCCCGUGGGCCACCGUUUCUUCGUGGACGGGGACUGGGCCGUGUGCAGCACCCCGAGGGAGAGCCUGUACAGCUUGGCCGGCAACCCAGUGGACCCAUUGGCCCAGGUGACUCAGCUGUUCCGCGAGCAUCUCCUGGAGCGAGCACUGAAUUGUGUCGUUCAGCCCAGUCCCAGCCCUGGAUCAGCUGAUGGAGACAGGGAGUUCUCCGAUGCCCUGGGGUACCUCCAGCUGCUCAACAGCUGUUCUGAUGCCGCUGGGGCUCCGGCCUGCAGCUUCUCCAUCAGCUCCAGCAUGGCCACUGCCACCGGCACAGACCCCGUGGCCAAGUGGUGGGCCUCCCUGACAGCUGUGGUGACCCACUGGCUGCGACGCGAUGAGGAGGCGGCCGAGCGGCUAUACCCAGUGGUGGAGCACCUGCCCCGUGCCCUGCAGGAGUCUGAGAGACCCCUGCCCAGGGCAGCUCUGCACUCCUUCAAGGCUGCCCGGGCUGUGCUAGGCCGCGGGAAAGCAGAGUCUGGCCCAGCUAGCCUGGCCAUCUGUGAGAAGGCCAGUGGGUACCUGCAGGACAGCCUGGCCACCACCCCAGCUGGCAGCUCCAUCGACAAGGCCAUGCAGCUGUUCCUGUGUGACUUGCUCCUGGUGGCACGAACUAGCCUGUGGCGGCGCCAGCAGCCGCCUGCUCCCACCCAGACCUCGCAGGGCCCGGGCGCUGGGGCCCAGGCCUCCGCCCUCGAACUGCGCGGCUUCCAACGGGACCUGAGUGGCCUGAGGCGUCUGGCACAAAGUUUCCGGCCUGCCAUGCGGAGGGUGUUCUUGCAUGAGGCCACGGCCCGGCUGAUGGCUGGGGCCAGCCCCACGAGGACACACCAGCUCCUGGACCGCAGUCUGCGGAGGAGGGCAGGACCCUGUGGCAAAGGUGCAGGGGCGGAGCUGGAACCGAGACCCACGCGGCGGGAGCACGCUGAGGCUCUGCUGCUGGCCUCCUGCUACUUGCCUCCCGGCUUCCUGUCGGCGCCGGGGCAGCGCGUGGGCAUGCUGGCCGAGGCGGCGCGGACGCUCGAGAAGCUCGGCGAUCGCCGCCUGCUGCACGACUGCCAGCAAAUGCUCAUGCGCCUGGGCGGCGGGACCACCGUCACCUCCAGCUAGAUCCCUGUCGGCGGCCCCAGUGGGGCUUGUGUGCCGGGCCGGAGCCUCGACGGCCAAAGGCAGCGCUGGAGACCCCAGGUGUCCACGGUCCACCCAUGUACUGCACUGUCUCCUGGGCGGAUGGGAGGUACUCAGGGGCUUUUGCUGCCUCGUGACCUGGGAGGCCGGAGGGGGCGCGACCCUACCACCCCCACCCCCACCCCCACAACCCCCCCCACUGCAGCCCAACCCGAUGGGCCACGGCCUGCGUGGUGCUGACCUCUGGUGGCCAAUCGGGGGAUUGCAGGGGCCGGGACGGCCGCUGUGACCUUGCUGUGCAAAAGCCCCAGUGGCUUUUCCCUCUCCUGUCUCGCAGAGGAGUACAUUUCACUGAGCUGAGGGGGGCCUAUUUGGCUUUCCCAGCCAGCUAAGGGGGUUCUACUCCAAGGCGCCUCUCUCCCUUCUGGGGAGAUAUGUACAUAGUGUAGAUCAGGGCGCACCAGCCUCCUGGCCUCUGAGGCUCAAGUGUUACUUUGCCUUUUGCAAACUUUAUUUUCAUAGGUUGAGAAGUUUUGUACAGAGAAUAAAAGAUGAAAUUAUUUAUAA